AUGUGGCUGCUCCCCAGCCUCGGAGCCACCCUCGCCUGGGCCCUCCUCAGCCUGGCCCUGCCCAUGGAGCUGAGUCUGCAGGAGAGUUUGCUGUUAAAAUCCUUGGGUUUGAGCACCAAGCCCAGCCCGAAAAGCCCCGUUCCUGUGCCCUCCGUGCUCUGGAGGAUCUUCCAGAAGAGAAAGAUGCUGCCUCCCACAGACAAAGACCUGGCGGAUGCCUGUAGGGUGGAGGAAUUUCAUGUCCCUGGGAACAUCAUCCGUGUCUUCGCCGACCAAGGCCAAUUCCUUCACCAGGGGCAGCCCCAGAGGCUGCUGUGGUUGCAGAAUGGGCUCCACAACUCCUACCACACCUCCAGCCAGGGGCAGGGGUUCGAGCUGAGGCUCUACCAGCCCUCCCGGGUGGCUCUGCGGGGGCUGGCCUCCCACGAGGGCAGCAGGAGGCUGCUGGAGGAACGCUCCUUCGCCCAGCUCCACAAGUCUCUCCUCUUCAACCUCAGCGGGGUGGCGAAGGACUGGAGAACCUCCAGCAGGAACCCGGGCUUGGUGCUGGAGAUCUCGGUGCGUGGCGGCGAGGGGGGUGCAGCCCUGGCCGCGGGGGGGCUGCAGGGCCUCUGCACCAGCAUCGACUCCUUCCUGGACACCUCGCUGCUGGUGGUGACCCUCAGCCCGGAGCAGUGCAAGGCUUCCAGGAGGAGGAGGAGGAGGAGGAGCUCCCUCUGCAAGCCCCGCAGGCUUUACAUCAGCUUCAGCGACGUGGGCUGGGAGAACUGGAUCAUCGCCCCCCAGGGCUACCUGGCCAAUUACUGCCUGGGGGAGUGCCCCUUUCCCCUGACAGCCGAGCUCAACAGCACCAACCACGCCAUCCUCCAGACCAUGGUGCACUCCCUGGACCCCGAGGGGACCCCCCAGCCCUGCUGUGUCCCCGUCAGGCUCUCCCCCAUCUCCAUCCUCUACUACGACAACAACGACAACGUGGUGCUGCGGCACUACGAGGACAUGGUGGUGGAGGAGGGUGGCUGCAGGUAGCGGGGGCUGAGGGGCAGGGG